UUUGAUUUACGGUGCAUUAUGAUGGGUCAAUAACAGCUUUUCGUUUAUGCUUAAUGGUGUUCCUGAGAUCUGCUAUAAUUUGCAGAGAAGAGCGAACAAAAUGGACGGAUCUGUUUACAUCGUGAACAGAAAACACGUCAGAAGACGAGGUUGCCAAGAAACAUCUACACCUUUAAGACGGUACCAUUUAUAAAUCAGAAGGUAUCAAAGCAUGUUCCACCGCCUCAGUGAGUCGGACAGUGCCCCCAGUACCUCUGGUACCAGACCCUCGUUUGCUCAUGGGCGAAGUUUACUUGGAAGACCAUCAGUAAAUACCCAGCCUCCUCCAGGUCGUCUGAGUUCCUUGCGUUCUAGAGAUCUUACCUUAGGAGGUUUUAAAAAGAAAACCUUUGCUCCAAAUAUACAUUCAGUCCGUAAAACCAAAGAUGAACUUAAGGAAGAGUCCCAUACAGCUUCAAAGAAGGAAAAGCGAGAUAAGGAGGAACGACAGAAAGAUGGCCGUGGCAGAAAGAGAGACCGACCACAAACUAUCCAGUCACACUCUAUCUUUGAACAAGGCCCUGCUGACACAAUUAGGAAAAUAGGGAGCUGGGACAGUGUAGACAAGAAUGACUGUGGCCCACCUCAAGUAUUAAAAUGUAUUAAAAAGGAAAAACAUACCUUUGAAGACGACCCACAGGACAUUUUACAGAAGCUGAAACGGGAUGAUUUUUUAGAUGAUCCUGGCCUCAAGAACGAUGCAAAAAACAGACCAAUUCAGCUUCCAUUAGUUCAGUCAAGUAAUGUUUUUAAUGCAGAUGAGGCUACUGCAAACAUGAAGGAAGAACCUCUGUGUGAUGAUACAACAGCCAUUAAAGUACCAAGACCACAACUGAAGAAAGGUUUCUUAAUUCCAAAACAGCCCACUGUAGCUGAACUCUUCCAGAAGAUGAGUGUGUCCAAUGAAGAUGAGCUGUUGUUCAUCCAGCUCCCCGAUACAAUCCCUGGACAGCCGUCGGCACACAGUGACAAACUUGCAAAGAAAGAACCCAAAGCAGAGGACAAGCACACACCUUCUAAAAGUCAAGAUACUCCAAUAAAAGAAAGCAGUCCCACCCUAUCAGACUUCACAGAGGGUCCCAUUGGUAAACUGCAGAUCAGAAAAUCAGGCAAAGUGCAGCUGGUCAUGGGCGAUGUCACGCUGGAUGUUUCGGAGGGAGCAGCCUUUUCUUUCUUACAGGUAAGACUGGUGUGGCUGAUAAAAAGGCACAAUCAAACCCUACAAAAAAUAUACAUUUUACCAGGCCCAUAUACACAGCAUUUAAAACCAGAGCCACACACUAAACUGGACAAAAGAAACAGAUUUGGAAACAUCUUUUGAUUAAAGUUGCAUUGUGUGAUUUGAGAUACUCUCACAAGAAUCCAGUACAAAAACAAAAAUCAAUUUAUGACAAAGCACUCAAUUACUGCUGCACAGCAUAUACUGUACAACCACUAUUUCAUAGUAAGAAAGAUCUUCACCAAAAAAAAAAAAAAAAUGCUGAAUGUCCAACAAAUUUAAUGUAAAGAAGUGUAAAGUACAAUGUGUUUAUGAUUUUGAAAGUUGAUUAAAUGUUUUACUGUUGAUUAGUUUUAAUUAGAAGGUAUUUUACUGUACAUUCAAAACACUUUUGUAAAAGCUAAAUAUAUUGUUGGUUGCUGUUUCUUUAUCUAAGUGAAAUUCAUAAAUGCCUGCCCAGUGGGUCUGUAAUUGUCGUACAAGGUGGCACGUUGAUUUUUGGAAUCAAAAUUAUUUAAUUGCAAUCUGUUUUUACACACCAAACAAUGCUGGAUGACAGCAACCAAUGAUAUUUACUAAAAGGAGACCUGACUUUUCAAACUGCAUUUGACCUUGAUAUAUCUAGCACGAUAAAUGUACUGAAACAAUGCACUUUUUUUUUUUUUUUUUUUUUUUUUUUUUG